GUUCUCAGAUCUCAGUCCACAUCACAUUUGUACGCGGCAUUACCCAGACAUCCGGACAUCACCUCAACGCGAAUACGUAGAUAUACUUUGAGCAUCUAGACGAGACAUGCACACCUACUAGGUACCUUAGGUCCAGCAGUGGAGUGAACGCAGAGAUUUCAUACGGCGUCCAUUUCCACAGCCCGGCGAGGAACUUUAAGUUAAGGUACCUACGGCAAGGGAAGCGUGCAGAUGCCAUCAGCCCAGCCACGCUCUCACGUCUCAUUAUCUACCCAUCUCGAAAAGAUGCGUCAUCCAUCAAUGAACGACAUCUCCUCGGCAUCGUGGCAUCCUACCUCGCUCCUGCCUUUUGUCUUCCAUGAUCCUCUGGCCCUUGGGGUAUUCAAUCCUGAGAUCUAAAGUUCCAUCGCUUACGCACUUGAUCACACAAUGAACUACCGGCAUGCGUCAACCCCUUUACCAUACAUAACUUACAACUUACAGCGUCUUCGCUACGGAUACAUACGCAGCAGGGUCUACGAAGAUGCGGCAUGCCUACGGAGUGAGGUAUGUCAAGGUACCUAGCGGAUUUGCCGCAUGCUGGAAAGGCCCCUCUUCCCCUCUUGAGUCUUUUCGGCCGUUCGCGAAAAGCCUCGCGAGUCAAGCUUGGGAGGGGAUUGGUGCUGGCCAGUGACCACUGACGAGAGUCACCAAUCCAUCCACGAAAGCUUAGAUAUGCAACACCAGAGAGCUUUCACGCGGGCAGUGGUAAUUGCACAGUGACAGUCAUGUUGCCCGAGACGUCUCCAGACUUCCGAGCCUCUCAGUGGGAUCUGCCUGGUCCAGUUGAUGGUUUAGAUGGUUCAUCCAUGGUUGUCGUCUGCUUAGACGUGGAGACAAGUCCCCCCCUAUGCUCCUAGCGGCCCUGGCGGGAGCUCACCGGAGCUUGGGCGCUCUACUACGGAGCCAGGAGAAUACCAGUUCUGGAAAUUGGUUCAAAAGGGAAAAAAACAAAACACUGACACAAAUCAAUAAACAAAAAAGUACGGAAAGAAAUCGACAGAGAAGAAGAAAACACGAGAGCAGGGAGCUGUCUGCCUCCCGUCGUUGCCAGUCAUUGCCAUCCAAUCUGGAAGUCGGUGCGAGCCAAGAAUCAGAUCAAAAAAGAUUAAUCCAGGUUACGGAGUACAUACGUUCACCUCACUAACACCCUGUCCAUUACUGGAAGUCGUGAUCCCCAGGUCUUGAUUAUUAGGUUAUACAAUCACCCGCCAAAAUCCUUCCCACGUUCCACCUAAAGCCUUCGGCCGCUUAAGGCAUUCUCUCUCUGCGACGGCGAGAGCUCAUUCAUUUAGGAUCUAAAUCUAUCACUUGUUCCUCAGAGCGAUCUUCUCGCGGCUUCCAACAAUCAUCAGGCAAACUCUGAAUUACUGAGUAAGGAAGGCACGCCGCACAGCAGGCUGGCAGUCUGACCUUCCAUUGGAAACGACAGGAAUGCGCCGCCGGAGGUACCUGCAUUAAAUGCCAUCUGCUCGUCUCGUCCAAUCCGGGCCGGGCACCAACUGACAGAUGCACCCCGGUAAGGUACCACGGAAGUUACUGUGUACCUUACGCAGUAGGGACCUCUUUCCUCUUUCUCAUCUUCAUCUUGGGAAGAAGAAAGUGCAAUUGUGACACUGACACGCGACAGCCGCGACAUCAGGCCAGUCGUAAAUUCGUUUUUGCCAUCAAUUGACUUUUGGACUGAAAUGUUGACACAUCCCCAGCGGUAAGCCGCAAGCCGCCAUUCUCUUCCCACAUCAGCCGAGGCUGCACAUCAUCACAUCGACACGCGAAACCCGCCGUGCGGCGUGCUACAUUCACCGGCCCGGCGUUCUCAGGACUCGCUGUCUCAUUCUUACGUUCUUACUUGUCCGUGUCUAUCGACUUGUUUUGCAAACUUAUCCGGUCCUUUGUUUCAUUUCACCCUACUUAUCUCGGACUCGAAAAACUUGGCUUUCGUUGUACUUUCUUUCCCGCAACCUGCUUUCGGCCGGUGGAUCUGCUGUUAUCAGUCUGGGAAGAGGAAUCUGGCAAAGUAGCGUUCACUUUCCUGCCUUGGUCGAGUCAUCAAAUGCUACCACGACGACAUCAUCUUGCUCUCAUCCGUCCGUUUUGAGCUUCUCCUGAACCAGAACAGGACUUUGUCACGUCUUGACCUCAAUGCGCGGUCCAUUUGCUGGUCCAGCCCGAAUGUCCGUCUCCGAAGAGGCAAAGGCCGCUGUCGAUCACCUUGCCAGCGCUGAACUAAGCCUCCUGGCGGAUGGAACUGUGCCGGUACGGCCAUGCCUUGCAACCGUGGACUCAACCGACGACAUCUGUCCAUGAUAGGUCUACUCUUCGAGACGGCCAAAGCCUGCAAGGAAUUACCAAC